AUGUUCAUAUCCAGUUCAAAGCACCGGCCCCCGCCGCCGACUCAUGUCACGGUUCCGCGGGCGCUCAGGGGAAUGCAGAACAACACAAUGCUAUCAGCGUUGCUCUCACUUAGAACUUCUGGAGAAGACUCAGAGCCUCGGCAGGACGACAGCUACGAGUGCAGAGUGGUAUUGCUUAGAAGAGAUGUGUCAAUCGAGCGCCUCUGCCGGCAGCACUACUUCAGGCCUCCCGUGGCAGGCUUAGAAGAUCCUGUGCGCAGGCCGUGGCCUGCACUGAUCAAGAAUGUAUCCUUUGUGGUCGAACUAGAAGACCACAUCGCUGCAAUACCUUGUUAUCUACCGGGGAACCUGGUCUAUGCAAACCUUUCUAUGGGGAUGGGAAUCGUUGAUAUUACCAUAGACACACUCAAUGGAACUUUCAGGAAACGCAUGCCCACUCCUCUAAACCGUAUAUUUCUUUUAGAUGAUCCCGGCAUCGAUAGCUUCUCGGAGCUUAUGCUGGCUCCAAAGACGUGGCGUCGCGAUAAGAAGUCUGUGACGAAGACCCUCACAAACACAGAGGUCAAGAACCUUGCGCGUAUGCAGCUUGUGCAGGAGCAGGGGCCGGGCUACUUUCAACCUGGCCAUCCAGGCGGGUCUGCUGCGCACAACAUCUUUGAAAAGGUGGGGGAAGCGCAGCCAAUAUUGGAGGAAGAAAGACCGCUCGAGGAUGCUUCUUCAUACAGAGAUAACUGCAUCCUACAGAACCUAAAAUUAUAUCUGACCCAUGUCUACUGGGCCAUACAGCGUCAACUCCAACGCUCGCCUCUUUUAAAGCGCGCAUUGAAUCAACUCCUUCUUACAUAUGCACGCCAUCUGGCAUACAACGAGCGAGAGUUACUUCUUGAAGAUCUAAAUAAAAGGAGCAAGGGAUCUAUCCUUGCUACGUCCCUUACAAAAUCAACUGGGCCAACAGCAUCACUUUCCCUCCUACCCACUAAGCGAUCUUCCUCGGUUUUAACAUCCAAGGAUUUGAUACCAUCUCGUUCGCAAGCAGGAGUGGAAACAGAUUCAUUUCUGCUCCAAAACCGCAGUGGUUUACUGAAGCGCUCAGGAGAGCGUGUAGGCAGCGUACCAAAAGCGUUACCCAAGCUCUCGUGCACCAGAGAUGACCAGGGUUUAGAGGAGCGCGAUCUCACCAUGACACAAUUGCAGAGCACUCAUUCCACAGAACCUCAAAAGUCUCCAGUACGGUCCCAGUCUCAGGUAACACACAGUAACCCAAUUUUGCGGGCCAAUUCUCCUGCUCUUCCAGCCCGCCGUAGCCAUCUAGUCCAGACCAUCGCUUCCAACGCCCGUAUUCCCUUGCUACCCUUGAGCACUAAAGUGGAUAGUCGGGUGAUAAAGAUGACCCAGGUACUCAAUGCAAUGCUUGAUGAUGUACGGAGGGAAGAAGACUCCCAGAAGGAGGCGCUGGAUGACGUUGUGCAUGAUCCUGAACGCGACUUUAAGUUGCAACUAGAGGAAGCUUAUCAGCGACACAUUAGCGCGCUUGAGAAUGAGUUUUUUCUAUCCGUUGCUGCUGCUCAGCAAAGGUUCCAUAGCCGGGUCUUUAGUGUUCUUGAAAAUACUCCUUCAGUCAUGAAAGAGCAUGAAAUAGUCGUUCCAAAGAUGGGGGUUCUGCGGCCCAGUCUUUAUACGGUUGGUCUGUCUGCGUCUGCCACCGACGUUAUGCCCACUUCUUUAAUUUAUGAACCAACCCUACCUUUGGGUUUGUUCAGCCACAGAAUUCCAACCACGUCUGCUUGGGAUUGUAACCUAGUUCUAUAUGGUACUGAGUUUUCUAAACGCCAAAGUCGCCUAUUGUCGCUACGCCAAACUCUUGCUGCCCAGAUUAGAUUUCAACCUUGCUAUGUCGCCACUGCACAGCCAUUAAUCGGCAAUCUCGUAAAAAUAUCUGAAGCACUGAUGGAUAUCUUUUUAGAUCUAAGCACUCUGGAUCAAUCUAACACUCGUAGUUGUAACCUUAAAAUUGAUAAUGAUGGUAAUAUUGUACUUGGUUCUGCUCACGAGCUCAUCGGUCGGAAGGAUCAGCUUUUGGAAUAUACCCCGGUCAUUGAGCAGACCAUCGCUUCAUUCAUUCAAUAUCUUGAUGGAAUGAUUGCAAAGAUAAAUCAGCACUAUGAGCACAUCAAAUUUUUCGAGAGUCACGACCUCUUUAAAGAGCGUGUGGACUACUUCUGCAACAUGGACCAGCUGCACGACACCCGCAAGAAGCUGUCUGUAGAGUUUGCCGCUUUACGAGGCAGCGAGGACCCGUGCACUAUUGAUAAUCUUAUUAAAACAAACGAUACCAUAUUCAUCAAAGCUCUCAAAUACUUCCUGUUCUAUCACACUGCUCUCGUCCCGUACUCGAUCAUUCUCGCCACUAUCUUAAUAUAUUAUCAGUACCUACACAACCACGUUGUAACAAAAUUGGAGAAGGACACACAAGACUCUCAGGAACAGGGGCAAGAGCAGGACCCAGAACAGUCCACAAAAGCUGCGAGCGCUGCAACUGCUCUGGCAACAGUUAAGAUCUACGAUGCCACCCGGAUCUAUUUUACUUUAGCCCGCAUGGUUGCCUCUGCCCUCAAUGACCUGGCAGAGCGUGCGUGCCACAAGGUCUUUAUGUUAGCCCUCAAACCCCUCAAGGAGUUCAAGUAUUCAGAUCAGGGGAUGCAGAGUAUUUCGACCCUCGACGAUCUGUCCCUGAUUGCAUCACGAAUGUAUAACUAUGGGUUUUCACGCUUUGACUUUGUGCACAACGCUCUCUUCACACAGAAGUCGCACCUCUCCUUCUUAUAUAGUGCUGACCAGCAGACUAUUAGUGACAUGAGCCGACUUGACACAGUGCAAACCAUGCCUGGUGCAGGACUCGGCGCUGCAUCAAGCCCAGAAGAAUCAUUUAACCCCGAGAACUACGAAGACUCUCUUCCACAGGGUGGGGAUGCGCACGAUCUUAAGACUAUACACCGACGAAGAACAGACUUAACAAUUGAAACAGCCAUGGAUGUGGAAGGAGACGAGAAGAUGCUUUCUGCACAAGAAGCAUUGGCAGCAGAACACGACAUCAGAACUGAUAAGAUUGCAGGGUGCGCUUUAGCCUGUAGUGAGGAAGAUGCCCGACUUGUUUCUGUUCCCUCAGUAGUCACCACUGUCGGAUAUCACUAUAGUUUUUUCGAUGUGCUGAUGACAUUUUCCUUCAACCUAUCUAUUUGUGUCAUCACGGGGAUCAAUUGGGCUGCUGUGGAACGAACGCAUUUCGAUAGCAUCGGGUUCACCUACUUUGCUAAUUACAUGACGAGAUAUUCAAAGCAGAAGUUUGCCAUAUCUCUGCAGGAACAGAGCAUGCGCUUCAAGGUGAUGGCAGGAUAUAUAACAGCCGGCGAGGAUAAAACUAAUGAGUUACAGGACGAACCACUAACUGAAGCCGAGGACGACACCAUGCUGAAUUCUAUAGAUGCUAGGCUGGAACUGAAGGAGGGCUAUGAUGUUCUACUCUCGCUCCAGAAAGAGAAUAAGCUCAUAGAAAUUUAUGAUCACACUAUUGCAGACAUGUACUUAGACUUACCGCUUGUCUUGAUGGGAAAUUCAGCCGUAGUAGCUAACAGACAGGACGCCUCUAAUACAAACAUUGGUAAUGUCAAGCGCGGCCCCAGCGCCUCGCCCGCCUCGCCCAUGAACUUCCAGCCAAAUGACAUUAGCAACAACUCAGAUGCCAUGACCUGCGGAGCCUCGUUGGCUUCUGACACAUAUGCAGACAUCUUGACGCAGCAGCGGCAACGUGUUUUGUCACGCCACUACUCUAAGCGGGAGGAGAGCACUUCUUUUAGCACAGAUUUGCUUAACACAUAUACUGCUCUUCUCACUCAUCGGAAGCUUUCGCUCCUGGCAAUAAAAGAACGAGGAGUGGUCACACGCUUAGAGCUUUCUGAUAGGGCCAAUGAGUUCUCGUGCUUAUUAGACCUGACUCAGGAUCUUUUUUCGGAUGACUUCAGCCCAAUGAGCCUCAUGACCAGCUACAGAGAGUGGUUUUCUACUGACAAGCAAAUAGAGACUCUUCUAUCGUUUGAUUAUGAGCGUUGUCUGAAGAUUAAAGAAAUAAAAGGCCUCCUUCUCUUUGGAAACCAUGAGCAGGAGUUUCCUCUUCUUGACUUCUCUACCCCUCGUUCCAUCAUAGACAAGAUCGAGAAUCUCAGGUCGAUCAUUGUUGUGUUCCCCGAUCAGUUUUAUGCGUCCAUGAUUACUGUUUCUGUGAGGCGGAUGAAGGAAAAUCUUCUGGAAGCUUUAGACUAUCUCGAAAAGCACAUGAUAAAUAAGCUGACGGAGGCGAUCGAGUGUUUUACUAAAUACAUUUUGGCAGAACUUAAGUUCGUCUCGUCCCUCAUACUCUCGGCUACCACAACUCCAGAGAAGUUCCAACUCGUGCGUGACCUGCACAACAAGCUAUCCAGCGAUUCUGCCUGCUAUAUCUUUUCCAGCUUGUAUGACAAGUUUGUUCUGCACUAUGGGACCAAUUACAUAACCCUCUUCCCAGCCACUUACAAGAAGCAUCUCCCGGCCUUACUCGAAGAGCCCAGUCGACAAUUUAUGAAACUGGCGAUGCUUGCAAAGAAGCAUUCACAAAGUAUCUCUAGUCGCAUUAAUGCAUAUGCAGACUACGUUAGCGCGGUAGACAAUUGGAUUGCGCAGAUUGCCUUUUCUAUUGCAGACGGCCUCAAGGUCAUCUUUACUAUAGACUAUCCGUCAUUUCGUGAGGCCAGAAAUGCGCCACUCACGUUUGCUGAGAAGUACCCCAUUCUUUGUAAGAACUUUGAGCUGAAGCUUCUAACUUUGGACGACUAUCACUGUGCAUCUAAUCAUUUGCAGCUAGACCCCUUUUCUUCGGAGCCAGACAGUUCAGUACCAGAGGCCCAUUCAGCUAAAGAUCCUUCUUCUAGUUUAAACUACGCCAAGGCUUCCUCGUUUCGGACAAACCAUCAGUUCAAGAAAGCCACAGCUUCCACGGUUCCUUCCGGUGAAGCACACAAUCCAGAGGGGCCGGAAGUGUUAGAUGAAUCGCAAUCUCGCGAUGAAGAAUCCAGAAUGGAGCAUCACGCCGAAGCCACCAGGUUCUUGCUAGCUCCUAAAGAAUCCGUUGCUAGUAUCUCCUUGGAGAACACGCAAGUAUUCGAACGGGAUUUCCUUCAGUCUCUUGCUGUUUCUUGUAGAUUUGAGCUCCACACAAAACGCAUUUCAUACAGCUCCCUUCUCAAGGGCUUUCGUGAGAUUGAUGGGUCAGAAACAGCCAACAACCAGCGCAUCAUAUGUCUCCGGAACAACGUGCCGGAUUCUCUGUCAUCCAAAGUACCUGGACACAAGUACAUAUUUUCAACAGCCAAGCUAUACAAACGCCCCGUACGUAAGUCAACUGCCCCCUAUCAGCGUAACGCAGAGAGAUACGAUAUGAGACGCAUUCUCUCAGAGUACAAGUUCAUUCUUAUGGAGCUCUGCUGUUUGAUCCGUCUCCUGGAUCGUUGGCGCGUUUAUCUUUUGGCUGCAGACUGCUCAACCAGACUCUUGGAGAUGCCGGUCUAUCCCUCUCCCUUUGCAAUGCUCAAGAUCCUUGCUCCAAUAGCAGACAUCUCCAUUACGCUCUUUGAUAUAGACUCGUGCCAUAACCACUACAGCGAGAGAACGUUGCGAUCUUACCCGCACAUAGAGCUGCUUAUGGCCAUUGACCGCGUUGCCUAUGGGAUACGGCAGGCUCGGAAGUUUGCCCAAGAGAAGUUUAUCGACGUUCACACAAACAAGAUAGACAUUUUGCAUUUAAUCAACAAGGUCAUAGGCCCUCGGUACAAGGAUAAGAUACAGCUCACAGAUUCAAGUGGAAGCGAUAUGCCUUUUAUGGCUCGCAUAAGGGAUAUGCCGGACGUGGCCUUUAGUGUCUCUUUUGAGCCAUGGACCGAGUAUUUAGACAACGCAGAAAAUGUUCUUUUGCUCUUUGUGCCACCAGUCACGCUGCUUCAUCAAGUCAGCAGCGAUUCCCUUCGACCUAUUCACCUUCAACGAAUAACGUCUUUUACCGGAGUCUUUGUAGAAAAAACCUUCUCAGUUAAGCCACAGCUUCUUCUGGAUGCUUUUGAGAAAAACAAUGAGCUACUGGACUUCGUGCUGGUGCUAGUUCAAAACGCUAGUAUUGAUAAGCAAGCCCUUCGCGAGCUGAAACAAAUAGAGCGCGCGUUAUACUCUAUUCGCAUUGACAAAACAUACGCUCUUUCAGUUGGGACAUCCAGCUUUGCUACAAAUGACAGGUCGAUGGGAUGGAAGAAUGCCAUAGACUUUGCCAUUAUCACGCCCGCCAACGCGGAAGAGAUAUGCAGAGAGGCCUUAGUAACGAUUUCCCUUGUGCUAAAUAAUCUUGGAUACGUUGGGACACGAUACAUAGACUAUACUCAAUCCUUCGACAUUAACCUGGCAUAUGUGGCCAGUAAGAGCACCAUCCUGACUGCACGCUACUUGUCUGAGGCCUUUGACGCACAUCGACAAUAUCUCCAGCAAUGGCGAUACACGCAGAAUGUAGAGGAGUAUGCACGCGAUCUCGAGGCAUUGGCACAGCUAAUGCUCUUUCUCAUUACGAUAUUUAAGCGCAUGCCAUUUGUGCUACAAGAUCUCCUCACCUACCAGGCCAACGCCAACCUGAUCAAUUUCACGGGCCCCCAAGAAACUCUCUUCACCAACUAUCAUAAGAAGAUUAUCAAGGACGUGGCAGCACCAGGUGAUGCGUCUCCCUCGCCCAACCAGUUGGCCAAGCGUUUUGGAGGAGCAGAACUCACAGAGGCAGAACGGGCAAAACUGGCUACAAGGCUAAAGACAGAACAGGGGAGGAAAGCCUUUACUGUCAACAUACUGUCAAAGCAAGAUAUCACAACGCUUCAGGCUGCAUGUGCCGCCUGGAGAGACGUGAUCACGAAGUAUUGCUCUGUAGAGGAGAUUAUGAAGAAAAAGUCCCUUGGAGCACGAAUUCUAAGAAAUAUCUCUACGGCACGUUCUAUGAGCACGUCUGUGCCCUUCCUCUGUAUAGUUAUUAACAUGAACGUUCUCAAGACCCUCUCUAAGCACAUGCUUGAGGUCGAUGCUAUUCAUAAGCGCAUUCACUUCUACCAAGAUUUCGCCAUUCUGCAGUCGUUUCAAGACCUGGCUACUAAAAGCUCGACUACGACCACCUUCUCUCCAUACUACUCAGUAAAGACAUCCGACCCGGAGACUCUUUCCAUUGGCCCACGGAAGUUCAUUCCCUGGAGCAACGGGAAGAAUUUUCCUUCCGCACUUUUCUGCUCGUCUGUGUGCCAGGUGUUUUGUGGCUGUUUUCCACUAAAAAAGAGCCUUUUCAAGCUGGUUACUUCUCUGAGUUAUGAGGUUUUUCACGGAAUGGACGAGUAUCUUAUUGACUCGUCGUCUAUUCGUGGCUCCAUCAUAAAUGGCAUACGAUCUGGUGACGAAAGCUUAAUGUUCACCACUCCUGUUGAGGCACCCAAUGUCAUUUAUCUUGUACCAGACGCUGUAGCCGCAGAAACCCGUGCAUCUUUUGUGGAUGCUGUUAAGAAAGCGUGGGAUGAAUUUGCAGUGGCUUACAUGAAGUUUACGGGCAAGGGGCUCCAUGGUGAAGCACCUCCGGAAGGGUUUUUUACCUAUUUACACCUGGAGCAGAUGGCACAGUCGGUCAGUCAAUCAGCAUCAUCUGUGACCAAAAGUGCACCUAUCAACGAGGAGUUAGAAAGAAAUAAGCAGAAGUUGGCCUCCUCGCCGAUGAUCAGAGAUCCAGAUGGGUUCUCCAACUAUCUUAAGACCAACCUGUUUCGCGCAGUUAUCAUAGCAAUAUCCACCUGGUUGCUAGAGAAGACCCGCAGCUUACUCUUCAGAUUCGCGCUUGUUAAAAACCCCACAUAUAAUGAUCUGGCAGAACUUCUUGACUUUUUCCAAAACCUUAUACUCGCGGUGAAGAUCAAUAGCAUGCAAAAGAAUCCUAUAUAUGUAAAGGUAUUUAUUCAGCACAUGGCUGAUUGGUGCGAGUACCUCCAAGACCUAAAGAAGAUCCUCCGCGGCGAUGACCUAAACAGGAUACUCUCAAUGAAUAAUAGCAUCACCUUCACCGUCUACAACCCUACAACCCAUGAUCUGUAUGUCACAUCGUCACUCAGUGAGUUUCUAAUUACAUACGGGCCUCACUGGAUCGGUGCCCCGACUCCGUUGGACAUUAUUUCAGCCAUUCCUUUACAAUAUAGGUAUGCUGCGACGUCGAUAGUUAAUGGAUUUUCCAUGGGUCUUCCAGUAUUCCUUCUAACAGCAGCUACUCGGUCCAUCUAUACCCAAGAGCCAACGAAAUUGGUUCUGCACACGUGCCACCUACUUGGUCGACGACUGGUAUGUGUCUGCGUUGCAGAGUUCACGUUUGUGAAGUGUUUGCAGCGGAUCACCGCCUGUCUUUGCGCCGGAUAUGUGGUUCUCGUAUUCGGGUUGCAGUACUUGCCAACACCGCAGAUCCUGGAGCUGGUAGAACUAUCGCAUAGCUUGCGCAGAAAGGCCGGUCCCCUCGAAACGCUUUGCGUUACCCAUGAAAUAAGCGCUGCUGAGAAGAAGAAGGCCAUAAAAAGCAAGCUGUUCUUUGGCAGUCCUGAACUAAACUACAUACAAUCCAGGGUCACAGUUAAGAUUGCGGACUUCUCAGACUUCUCGGAUCACGGCUUGCUGAUCUUCCAUCUUCCCGAGCUCGCACCCAUUAUCACAGCUGACAAAUUUUUCUUUGCCCAAAAGGAGGAGCAUGAAGCAAAUCCAGAGAGCCAAACAUCAACAACUGAUCCUGGACCUCAGUCUGGCGGCGAAGAACUGAGCAAGGUCCAGGACAAUUAUGCAGCGGUAUACCACCUUACAGAGCAUGGAAAGAGCUGCAUCAAUGCGUUUAAGCAUUCAGAGCUCGUAUACUUGGAAUUUGACCAGCCCGAGUCAUCAUUUAAGAAGGUAUCACCGGAGUAUUAUCACACAUUUUGCGAACUCAAUAACUUCCUGGCCUCCAUGGGUCCUCUUUCUUGUAGAUUGCUAGCUUCCGAUGUCCAGAUGAUCUAUAGCCGCGCCAAAGAUAAGUCCGACACAUCUUGUGUUGCAGCAGUGACACUUGACUAUAUCCUGCGACAGACAGGAAGCUUUCUCUCACUGAAGGCCACGCGGCAUGAGCUAAGGUCAUUGACCACUGUCUAUUCACAGUUUGUAUGCGCAGCAUUUGGCCUCGACAAGAUGAACUCAAUGCACAUAGGCCGCCUGGCUCGCAAUUUCCUAGGGACCGUUGAGUCUGCUCGGGUUCAUCUGGGACUGAAGUAUGCAGAAACUGGAGAUACUUAUGAAAUGGACAAAGCUAAGAAUGCGCCAAUCAAGCAGGUGAGUUUUCUAAAGUAUUACACAGAUAGUCUUUCGCGCUACUUGUCCCAGCAAUUUCAGUGGUAUAUUAACAUGUUCUCGCAAGCACAUCAGCUUUCCCUCCAAACAGUCUAUGACGUUCUGUUUUGUAACGACCUUUUGCGGUCAUACAAGCCAGUCUUGGUGGUUGUUCCGCAAAUCUCUUACCUCAAAACCUUUGCUAGUAUCCUUGCUGCUGUGCGCGGCUGGCGUAUGCACUAUUGCUUCAACGCCACGUCUGUUUAUAGCGCACAUAAAGCCAUCCAGGCAAUCGAUCUCAGCGAUAGCAUUGCAAACGACAAACCCGUUCAGGAGCACCUGAUCGUCAUCGCACCAUCCAAUGUCAGUGCAUUCCUUCAGAUGUUUGAAAUAAUUAUCAGUGUAUCCCUUGGAUUCCCUGUCCUAACAGACGACAAGAACCUGUCACAAAUCCAGAUUGAUGUAACACACGGACCACAUUACCUUAUUGUUUUCAGUCCUAGUUUCCUCCCGGACAUAAUUGGUUAUCCGCUUAUCAAAUCAAUAUGCCACCGUCUGAUUUUGCUUCCGUCCAUCGAGGGCGCAGACGGGUCUAAAAAGAUAUGCCAGGGCAGCCUGCAUAUUGAAGAAGCGCAGCUCCUCAGUCUUGUGCACCGUAACCACAUGCUUUGGAAACGCGAUUUGGACGCCGCACUGGAGGGUAUGGAACACGUGAAUCAAUACGGGGAUGAUCCAGCCAGUCCGCUUUCGUGUGCUCUAGAAAGUGUUGUGACCAACUAUAGGUCGAUCUUACUCCACAGCUCGCUCAAGGACCGGCUCUUGAUAACAGCAGAAAAGCGCAUCUCUGCACUUCCCACCUUUGUGAAGGGGGUGAUAUCCUUCUAUUACGACGUCAUUACAAAGAUAUUUGGCUACGGGAGAAGUAUAGAGGAGGUGUAUCUCUUGCGGUCUAUCAUCUACUUCAACCUCUGUCGUAAUGGAGUUGUUACACCAAGAAAGCGCAGAUUGCAAAAUGACUUCCUCAAAGAGAUCUGCACAGUAAGUGAUAAAUUUGAUCAAAACACGGCAUCUGCUUGUGUCCAGCGCAUAUCUGAGGUUGCUAUGGGUCAAAGAGGACGCGAUAUUAACGCUAUGACAAGAAUUCUCGGAGCCCAGUAUCUUACCACCACUCAGAUGCAUGAGAAAUCACAGAAGGCCGGGAAGCACAAAUCUGAGAAUACAUAUGUCGGCCACCUGUCGUCUGAUGCUAAUGUUCUACAGGUGAAGCGGAAGCAGCUAUUUGUACUAGGAAACCUUAUGCAGUCGCGUGUUCGGGUGUCUGAUGAUCUGUACCCUUUUUCAGAGGUUGCCGGCUUUUCAAAGAACACCCUAAUGAGUCUGGAGGCUCAAAUGAAGAAGUUGACGGCAGAAGCUGGCAAUUCAGCUAACGUUUCUGAAAUAAUCAACCACACUGUUCUUCUUAAUGCAGAAAACGAUAUAAUACCUUUCGGAAUAGGCUUCCAAGGCAGUCUAUCCUUUGGAUUCACAGAAAAGUAUCUCAACGAGGCGUUUUUCCAUCCAAAGAAGCACAUGACUGCGUUCAUUAACAUAUGCACCCCAUUUUUCUGCGCAAUCUGGAAUGCAUGCUCUCUUUUUUAUCUCACAUUCACUGCAAGUAGCAACUGGGAGCGCCUCUUAGCACAGGGACCAAAGACAGCACACGAUUUGCUAUUGAAAAGAUAUACGAAAGUCAUAGCUGAGCUUUCUGAAUUACAGAAAGUCAGCCACGGCACAUUUUGCUCAAUGAUAGCCGCCAUAGUUUUGAUUUUAUCAGAAGCAGAUCAAUCUCUUCCAUCUUUGAAGAGGGAGUGCUUGGCUAGUUACACUGUCUCCCAAAAACUCUCCUUGGCCAAACUCAACCACGGACUUACAAACGAGCAGCUUAUGACCGGAAUUCGAAAUACCAUGCAAGAGGUCACUCAUAUCGUGCCAAAGUAUAUGUCCGGUGACACGUUUAGUUACCUCGAUUACAAGUUCGGCAUCAAUAAGGAGAAGAAGUCUAAACAUUACAAUCACUUCCAUGCCCGCGUCGAGUUCCGCACAUAUAAGGUAGGAGAGGGCCUGCUCAAUAAUGUUAUCCUUGAUGCUGAUAAGGUGUCCUUAGAGAAGAACAUUUUGUAUAUCGCAGAAAAAACGUUGUGUCUACGAAGAAAGCAGGCAUAUGAGGCACGACUUAAUAAGGACACCGAGGAGCAGGCUAACGAAGCAAAAGGCGAAUCGGGCGACGACGAUGACGACCUUGCACGCGGAAUGGCUGCAAAGCGACAGCAGAAGCGAGAGAAAAGUGAUAUUAAUGAAAUCAUUCUCGAUAAGGACAGAGGGGAAAGACCCAGUCUUCACUCGCUGUUGGACAGUCCCAUUUAUUUUGACUCCCAUAGGGCAGCCAUUUUGGUGGUCCUUGGGUGUGCUAUGCUCAGUCCUAUUUCUCUGGCCCUUGUGGGGGAGCGGGGAUCUGGGAAGACAACUAUCUUGGAUGCUGCCAAGAUUCUGGUUCGGGAUAUGGUCGAUACAAACAUGAUUUUACUGUCUGAUUUGCAUAGCGACUCCUCAACGUUUUCUGUGCUUACUGGUAUUGCACAGAAGUUCACUCUUCGCAGAGCAGCACAGUCAUCCGCAAACAGGCAUAGCAGCACUACAGCGGCUAUCCAUGACGAAGACAGCAAUAUGAUACUUGACUACUACAGCUCUUUGAGUUUCCCUUCUUUCCACUUGCACUGUUCAGACUGUCGGAGUGCAGAAAUCUCCGAGCACAUCGCACUUCUACUAAGGGACCAUGUCAUUCUGAUGGAUGUUGCUGAAAAGGACGUGGUGCUUCGCAAAUCAUACAGCCAAAUGCCUUCAUCUGUGAUCCUACCCAACUCUAUCUACCCAGAAACACUUCAAAGCUUUAAAACUGGGUGUGCAUCGUUAUCCGACUGUAGCUUCAUUAUCGAGUGUGAUAGAUUCAAUACUGAGAUUGCCCAGAAUGCCGCCUUGACAAUUAAAAUGCCGCCGCUUACAGAGCCCUUCCUUCGCAGUCUAUUCCUGAAGGUGUAUCCUCACCAUACCGAAUCGUGGAUUUUCCAGUUUAUUAAUGGAUACUUCCUUAUUAAAGGGUCUCUCCCGGUGGGGCUUAUCAAUAGCUUCACAGUGUUUGACAGGCUGAAGAACUACAACUCCUUUUUGAUGAAGGACCCUGCUGACAUCAGCGAUGACAUGCUCGCAACAAUAGAGGCGUACCAGACCAUGGGGAAACACCCUGGACGACUUCCGCCCGACUCUAUCACGAGUAUUAUUAAAGCUAACAGGGAUAGGGAGCUAUCUAAUGCCAAUAUCCAUUCCUUAUUUGGUGCCCUCCGCAAUCUUUCGGAGACAAAUCUCGUUGUCCUACAGGGAAUUAUAGAGCGGUUUGCAAGCCUAAGUAUUUUAGGAUAUUUGGAUGAUGAGGCAGACAACAGUGGUGAGGACCAACUGACUGCUCUGCACAAACAGCAGCUGGCCCAGAAAUCACAAGCUAGCUCUACUACACCGUGGAGUGACGCACGACUUUUAGUCAAGGGAAACUUCAUCCUUGUCACGGCGUGGGAGCGGUAUGUAUUGAACCAGUCUAUUAACUACAUGACAGCUAGGCGUGAGCAAGGCGGCACUCAAACAGGCACCGGAAUGCAGCAAACUGCAACUAAUAAAACUUUAGACACGGCAAACAUACAGAUCACCACGAAAAGCACCAAGUCUGACAUUGCAGAUGCCCAAGCCUCUACAUUCAGACUCGGAAAUCAAUACAUGAUUAAUACGCUGAUAUCUCAUCACGUCACAGAGGUAGACCUGAGGGAUUCCCCGGUCAAUCUCUUCAAGACUCUAGUUGAUAGGUCGUCGUUCUUAAGCCUCAACUAUCGGAGCACCAAUCCUUUUUGGUUUGUGCAUCUCAUGUCCAUGGUUAAGCUUUACGGCCAAGACCUAGAUCCGUUUAUCACGUGUCGCGCACUAGAAGCAUUUCUUGUUAUAGCUACGCGCAGGGAGCUCAACCUUGCAAAACUUAAUUGCCUCCUAACGUAUGGUAUUAGCAUCAGAAGCGGGGGAAGUAUGAGCUCCCUCUAUGGCGAGGAUCCGAUAUUUCCUACUAGGCUGCAGAUUCUCAAGCAUGCCAGUAUUUAUGCUGCACGCAUUCUAGCGUAUACGAAGGUAGCAACAACUGGGGUCCCGAAGGACUCCUCGGCAACCGACAUCCUGACUGAUCCUCAGCAGAUAGCAGCUUCUCUUUACUCUUCAGAUAUGAGUCAAGAAGAUAGAGAGGUCAUCACAGAGGUUGUUGAUUCUCUUGAGAACGAAGUUAAGGUCGCAGAAGAUAUAGCUCGGCAGGAGCACGAAGACGGCGAUGAGCAAACCCAGUUUGACGGGUUCCCUCUGCUCACUAUGCUUUCCAUGAAGCCUAACAAGGCCAUCAUUCGUAUUGAUAACGCCCCAAGCAACUCCUACAAUCAGCUUGUUAGACUGUUUGCUGCUCUAGGGAACUAUACUAUUCUCAGCUCUGAUAGGUUCAAGCAGACGCUUACAGAGAUGAACAGGGCUGCCGCGGACGAGGAUCCUGAUGACGCGCAAUCUGAGAUUUCAAAGGGGAGUAGCAGGAGUAAGCUUUCCAGCAUGUCGGCAGCUACAUCGGCCGUCGGGCUCUCAGAAACUGGCAAAAAAUCGAGCCAACAGAGGAUUUUAAUCGACGUAACAACAAUCCUGAGUCAUCUGGACGGACAAACUGUGCUACGGACUAAGCGACCGCCUAGAGGGGACCGAAAAGAGCCAAAAGAAAACCUGGACCUGAUCGACAACCUUAAAAAGAUGAUUGCAGAGCUACAAAGCACGAGCCUGUACAACAGCGACACACUAGAUUUUCUGGCGCUCAUCAUGAUUUUGCGAGUGUCUUUUGCCAUGGCGUUAGGAAUAAAGCCAGAAAUACUCUUGACUGCAAAGUCCUCAGCAAACACUGUUUCUCCGUCGCUUCUCAACCUGGGUUUCAGCGUCAACUCGGCUCUAACUACCUCGCUUCCUAGCCGCGUGAUUGGUACAGGACGGGGUAUUUCUCAGCUACCUUUUGCAGUCAUGUCCUGGUCCGAAUACCUGAUAAAGAUAGAACAGUACUCCAAACUGCUUUUAGAAGAUCAUGUCAAUUUGGACGAGGUGGAUGUUGCUCCUCAAGGCCACGACGCUAACAAGCAGGUAACACGAGAUACCAUCAUGAGUAAGUGUCUACUUCACAGUCCUAUGAAUGUCCUAAUCAUGACCCCAAUGUCCACCCUAAUGAGGACGUCCCCAACGGGGGUCACGGCCUACUCACUUCUUUGCCGGAGCCUCGAGCCCCUGAACAUUCUUCAGUCCAUCUUUGACGAAGAAGAGAUCCAGUGUCUUUGUAAUCUCGCGACAUUUGGUUUAGGUUUGGAUAUCGUGGCAGAUUCACGCGUUCUAGUCUCAAUCCUAUCACUCACUCUUAGCGUUGUGAUCAUCGAUGAUUUCCCCCUCAACUGUGCCGAUAAGAUCUUUUCUAAAGACAUUAUGGUAGUAUCGUCUAGCGAGUGCAUGCGUGCAAAGGUGCUGGGCAGUGUCAAGUCUCCCAUCUUAGAAUUAGUAACCAAUCUCGUUGACCUGCACAAGGAGAUGCGUCUAAGUAGAGCAACUAAAAAGCUGGAAGAUGCUGCGCAGGCACAAGCGAAGAUGGCAGAAAAGACUGACAGUAAGCUCACGCUGGUCCGACCGCAGGUGCCAGAUGCCCCAGUACAGAUGAAGAACUUCCUCGAGAUAAUGCUCCAGAAGAGACUGCACGAAUGCAAUGUUAACAUUGUGGCCAUGGACAAGCUCGACCUGUUCUCACUUUUUCAACUCUCUGACUGCAAACUUCCAACGGAAGUUGUUCUCCCAACCAAAGUCAGUGUGGACUGGCCACUUUUCCAUCACACAUUCAUGGUGGCAUCUGUUGGUGUCUAUCGCUUUUGUAGCACAAACAGCAUCAAUGCAUGCCCCUCGAUGUCUGUCUUCACACAUCUCGCUUCUCAAAUCUGUAACACUAUCUUAUUAAAGGUUGCUGACUUCAUGUCCAUUCUAAAUACGCUUUUCAUCGCAUUGAGAUUGUAUGAAGCCUUAGCGUCGCCUAGCAAAACAAAGCCAAAGACCAUUGACGUCACAGAGCUAUCUCCAGACUCGGUUGCGAAGACCAUUGACCAAGCUGUCAAGGCACAGGUUUCCCAGGACGAUAAGAAUAGCGAUUCAGCAAGUAAGCGUCAGCGAGACUUACUUACUGCCAUAGCAGAAGCUGUUGUGAUGCGAGAUUUAAUCCAUACCUGCAUAGACGCCUUGAAGACUGACUUCCGCAUAAUGGCGGCAGCAGCACGCUCUGCUGCGUUAGACUCUGUGGCCAUUGCAGCCUCGCUUCUUUUCUCGAUACCUGGAUUGGUUACGGAAGGAACCGCUAGAGAUGCCUUACUUGGUGGUGUCUUUGGAGAUAUACCCAUGAAAUUGCUUAAGUUACUUGAUCAAAGCUCCACAACCGCAAAUAUCUCUUGCUUCAAUGUCAUGAUAGUGGCGCUUUACAGCAGCCUUGGAUUCAGUGUGGAUUUCCCGGACCCAGAGGCCAAGAAAGUCGAUUUCAACGAAAAUUCGCCGACGAUGAUAUGCAACGCCACUCUUCAGUAUGGACAGUUUGCCUUUAUGGGUCACUUAGUGGAACUUCUCGGAGCUGACUGGCCGAUCCUAAUGCUUCUCAAGGGCUUCCGCAUCCCAUGGUCCAUGGGAGAUCCUGCUAUGCUUGGACUCUACUCUGUUGCUAUACGGUACAUUACUGGAAGCACGGUCUUUUGUGUUGAUGAGACGUUAGGGGUAGCGGCGGCGUGCUUCUUGGAAGCAUGCAAGAAACAAGAAGCCCAAGGGACUUUGUAUUAUGAGCAAGUGGCCAGUGUAAUUGUUCAUGGGAUGAAUCCAACAAAUCCUCGUCUGAACGAUGUGACAAACCUCCUUGCUGAUCUGCAGAAGCGCGUUCUGGUGAUAGACAUGCGCAUCCCACCGCGUGAAUUCAGCGCAACCCUUGCCAGAGGUCUGAGCACUGGAGAGUACACAUUCCUAUUCAUUAACAUGGAAUCUCGUAAUACGGAUACAAGCAACUAUACUACCCUAAGAAAGUUCAUGGUCCUGCGAUCGCGAAAGACCAUUGGGAAGCGACAAACCAUUGCCAUCGGGUCGGUGACAGCUAUAACUGCCCAGGCACUUCACAAGUACACCAUCAUCUUUGCUCUGAGCCAGGGGAUGAGUCUGGGCGACGUGCUGAUAAACGCAGGGCUCUUCACUCAACACUUCAUCAACACCAUUGCCGUCUGUACACAUUACUCAUCACCAAACAGGGUAGCACUUGCAGAUACUGAAAUGAUGUUACUUCAAAGCCAAAAGCACAUCAUGUCCCAGAUCUUUCUGGAGUCGAUCUUUGGAGAAUCAGAGGGAAUUCGUAGCCGUAACGAGCGGUAUCGCUUGAAUAAUGUGCGCUUCUCACGCAUGAUCAACCUCGCUAGCGACCAGGUUAAGAGCUAUCUCAUGGUACAUGUCCUGAGUCUGUCCACCGACAAGGUGUCCCAGAUGGGUACUUCAUUUAUUCGUUCAGCUGAUCCCACUGUGGCCAAGCGAGAGAUGGAGCAAGCUGCUAUGAACCAAAUGGUUACGCAACUAACAGGGUCUUCGGAUAGUAUACAGCAUGUUUGCUUUGCAGCUAGCUUUGUGCUCCACGCUUCUUCGUCAAGGAAGACCGAGGUUAGUCAGCUUUUGUCCGCACUAAAGGGGCUGAUUCUUCUUCAGCAGGAGCGCUGCAGCAUGUUAUCAAAGGACAAGGAGAAGGAGUACAAGCUAGUUGACACGCCAGUCAACAUUCGCUGUGCUAUAUUCGAUAUCGUGAAUACGUAUGGACAGGCUCUUUGCGACGAUAUAGCGCUUGCUGUCAAUGCCAUUAUCUACUACUUGAGAAAGAUCUCGGCCUACCAUCUCCCUGCCCUCAUAGGGUAUUCUCGAGACUUUUUCAUUAUCUUCAAGAUUACUCUAGUCAAGGCCGUGUCCUCGUUUCAGGGACACCUCAAAGAAAAGUAUGCUAAAGACCCUCGGUUCCAGCAUGAUUUCUCAGAGGAAUAUAUGCUUCAGAACGGCCUUGUAAGCAUGCAGGACGAGAAUAUCCUAGCGUUCUGUAUAAGAUAUGAUCCUGGGACGCUCAAGAACUUCCUUAUGUCUGUGAUGAUUCCGACUCUAGAGGCCCGGCUUAUCAACGUCUUCCCUCCAGAGCUUUCUGCUGGGAUAUGGCACUUGAUACAUAUUCUCUUUUCUACGGCAAUUGGAGACUUGAGUGGAAUAAGCAAGGAACGGCCCUAUUCUAUCAACCCCCUCAUGGAAAACGUGACAGCUCCAGCUCUAUCUUUGUUUGCUGUUCUUCGUUCAUCCAUAAAAGAUAUUACGAGACUUCUCACAACCCAGCAAAUUAUGGGGGCGUUUUAUAUGAAGAGCAAAUUUGCCUUGACGAAGAUAGAUGCAGACAACGCUGAUGCAGACGUGCUGAAUAAUAUCAAGCAUCUAAUACCGGAAGUUACCUCCAUGUCUCCUAAGGUUGUUAUGUCCUGGAUCUUCUUCUGUCUGUUGGGAAGGUACAAUCCUGUGAUAGCCAAUUCUCUGACAUGGUUUCUAAAGCAUCACGCUGCCUUUGUUUGUUUCUCUAGGUGUGAGCAGCCCUUCGCCUCUGUAUUAGCCUUUUACGCCAGAGCUAAUAUGGCAGCAGGACAGCACUCUACCGAAUUAACGAUAAAGGGAGCAAAGGACACAGAAAAGAAGACUGCACUGCAGCAGUGGUACUCAUCGCUGAUGCAGGAUGCCAUGGCAUCUAAUUACCAGGUGUUCAAACUGCCGCCUAUGCUAGCUAAGCAGGACAGCCAAUCCUUCUUUGCUAUCUUCUCCCUGUCCAAUGCCUUGAAGCCUGAGCUCAUCAUUGACACCUUUGAAGCGAUGGCUGUGAUGCUGGAAAAGCGUUGUGGACCCAGCGCUUGGCAGCUUUCUGCGACGAUGUCGGUUAACGCACCAAAAGGGCUAACUGGCCAUUUCAGAAGUGAUAUGAAGAUAUCAUCGGCUGCAGAGCGCGGGGAGUUAGUCCAGACAUAUCUGCAAGCCAUGGGCCUAUCGUUCCGGAACCUGCUCACAUUUGUUGGACUCCCUACAAAGACAAGCGUCGGAAAGGACAUAGAGAUGCCACCCGACUUAGCAUCAGAUUGCGUCAUGCAGCUUUACGAUGCGUAUACUUUCUCGUUUAGGGUCCUUGAGCGAUAUAAUGCCAAGGUGCAGGAGAUUGAUGCCGAUCCGCAAAUUCUAAAGGACAAGAAGAUGCAGCACAUCAUGGCCAUGGGGCCGUCGCCCAUACAGGUCACUCUGAUAUUCUUUGACAAAAUCAUCUCCAUUGACCAUGUCUUCACGUUUAUCCACCUGCUUCCAAGUAACCCGUAUAGAACCGUACGGGCUAACUUUGCUAAGCACCUUUCCUUCCAAGAUAUAAUAGAAUCAAUCACCGUUGCCGUGGCAGACCCUGCUCUAGGUGGGGCGGCUCUGCUCCAAGAUGUCAUCAACAUCUUGAGACAGAAGCUGAGUAUACGAAAAUACGACAUCACAUACCCUAUUUUCAUCUUCGUACCAUCUUCUUCUCUGUUUCCCUCCGCCCUGAACGCAAACCACAGCAGCUCACCAGCACUGACUCAUCUCGACUCAGAACACUUCACUAGUCUUUUAUAUGAGAUAUCAAUCCUGACUGUUCCAAACUACAUCUACAUACAGCAUCCUGGCACACUGAGCAAGGCAUUUGUUCACUAUCUCAAUCUUUGUAUGGUCGGCAUCACGUUGCUCAUUAUGAUUUGCUUUAAAGUGAUAGACUUGGAAGCUGUUCCAAACUUCCAGCCCCCUAUAACUAUGCGUGGGAUUGUUCUUUUGGCUCUAAAGCACUCGUUCUUGAGUUAUCAAUCUACUAUAUUUAUGGACGAUACAAGGCUCUUUUACAAGCUCAAAAAGGUGCUAUUGCGGGCUGUAACCAAGCAAGUGCAAAAGUAUGACAAAACGUCCUUCAAGAGCUGCGCAUUCGUCAAUCUCACGCUCUUGAGAGACAACAGUGCAAUCCUCAUGAAUCGAGUAGACUCCAAACAAUAUAAGCGCGUCGCGAAAGUAAUUUACAGUCUCAACUUUGGCCAGCUUGAGGCCUUAUCAAAGAUAAUACCAACCAGGCUGGUUGUCUCCGAGCAACAGGUACAUGAUGAGGUUGUCAUGCGACUACUGAAGGAAACUAUGCGCGCAAAAGCACAAAAGGCAGCGAAGAAGAAGUUGCGCCUUGCAGGAAGUUCUGACAGCGAGGAAGAUGAGCUCUCCUCGAGCACUUCCAUUACAGAGUCUACCCUUUCGCUAGAAAGCAGUAAGGCCUCAACGCAGCUUACUGGAAUGGACGGAGACGGUCGAGAGGGAGACUUUGUCGGUUUUGACGAUGGGGAGUCUAUAGCUGGAAGUGACAACUUAUCCUCACGAGGGUCUAGUAUUACUACUCGCUCUCGGGGAACCAGCAUUCUGCGCAACAAUCAAGGGGUACAGUCGGCUGCUCGGUGUGAAGAGGACGAUAUCUAUGAAAACUUGCUGGUCACAAUUCAAAUUGCCGCUGGAGACCUUACUGAUGAACGCCCCAUCGACACUAAGAAAAUAGAAGGAACUGUCCGCAAACUGGUAGAGAUUGAGCACCGCUCUCUUAACACCGUUACCAUUCCAAAUCUUGCCGCAGAACGCGCUUCUGGGACGACUCGUGCAGGAAAAUUUACGGAAUGGCUGGACAUUCUUCCGUUUUAUAAUGACAUUUCUGACUUACUGGACCUUGUACAACAACUACGCUUAUACGCUUACAGCACUGAGGAAACCAGUGACCUGCAAAUCUCACGACAGAAGAGAUAUCUGGUUUCUGCUGCCCAACACAGCCUUCCUCAGGAGUUCUACUAUCGUCACCUUUUCUCGUCAAACACGACGCUGAACACGCUUUCUACAGUUGUUAACCCAAACUUUCCGUCUACCAUGAAAAUAGUCAAUGCUGCCCGUAAGACGGACCUCAGCAAAAUGACAUCUGCCCUAAGGACCUAUGUUAUGGCACACGAGGACUUCAAGCGUAUCCCGUUCGGAUCUCCUAGCAGGAACCUUUCGUCUAUGUACAUCCUUAAGCACAUUAUCCCUAACGUGGGUCUUCCAGAUAUGUUCACUGUCGAUGGGAACGUAGGAUUUGGUUCAUUCCCCACGCACUGGAUCAUCAACGUUAGCACAUAUGGCCCGAUUCUCGGAGACAUACUCAACUUUGUUCGAAUGCACUCGGCUGUCCUUACAUCGACCCCCAUUAACAGGCAAAGGAUUGUCGUAAGCAUUAAAAAGCCCAGCUACAUGCCGCAGAUUCGUGAGGAUGGCACCAUAGACACUGAGACCAAGGGCACAGACCGCCAAAAUCAAUGUCCUUUCUACGUGGUUCUCAGAAAUCUUGAGCUCUUCAGGAUAUCAUAUGACGCCGUGUUAGAAACUGUCUGCGCUGACACUGUCGAAAGAGCGCAUGGAUAUAAUAACUGCUUAGAGCUGUACGCCUACUGCGUAGUUACCAACAACACAACAACCAGACAGACAUCAAUAGCGGGCAGCCACAGGCACACGUAUCUACGGGUUCCUGCCAACAUGGUCCCCGUACCUAUCAAAAUAGGAGGACGCAUCCAGCCCGUAGUCUACUUGCCCAACAAAACAAGCAUCAGUAGCGAGGAAUGGCUAGAGCAUAAUCCUUUCUUUGGGGUAAGAUUUAUUUAG